AUGGCGCCAGGAACUCGUGUCAGUAAAUGCCAAAUUUCGCGCCCUAUUCUGAUCGGAAACGAUGCAAAACCACUGACACCAGAGGAACGAGCUCAUGCUCCUACGGACCACACACAUACCUGGAGAAUCUUUGUGGAAGGUGUUGAUGGAGAAGAUAUCUCGAAAUGGGUGAAAAAGGUCGUUUUCAAACUCCAUGAUACCUACAACAACUCUACGCGAAGUAUAGAGUCAUUACCAUUCGAAGUCAUUGAAACAGGUUGGGGAGAAUUUGAUAUCAUGAUUCGUAUAUUUUUUAUGCCAGAAACCCAUGAGAAAUCACUUACCUUUUAUCACCGUCUAAAACUUCAUCCUUCUGGUCCUCGCAUGGAAGAGGAAAAAGCUGCUGGCGGCUUAGUAGAAUCUGUACAAUAUGAGGAAAUUGUGUUUAAUGAACCUUUUGAAUAUACAUACAAGCUCUUUUCUGAGAAUCCCAUCGGAGACGGUCACGGAUUAGCUGUUGAGUCAGAACCAGAUCAUCCGUUCUCUCAGCAAUUGGAACAAGAUGAAGCGGACAAGAUGGAGCUGGCUUUACAACGUGUAAAAAAGACAAUUGAUACAUACAAACACCAAUUAAACGAAUUGCAAAACCAAAGACUUCCGGUAUCUUAG